AUGAGCUCCUCCUUGGCUUCAUCAGUAACAUCGCUGCAGUCUUCUCUGCAGCUUCUCGACAACUCAAUCAGCACCCUGGACUCUGGCGUCAACGACUUUCCCCGCCUUUGCAAAGUCCUCCAAACAACGCGACACUUUGAACUUCUCCCCGAGCCAACUCUGCGCGAAGCACAACAAUCUCUCCUCGAUGAGAUUACCCCCAGCAUUGCACACCUCCUCUCUCUCUCGUCCAACCACGUGGAAAGACUCGCGCGCCGUGAACAGAGCCUGAAAGCGAAAUGUGAUCUCCAAGAAGGUCGACUCUCAUCCAACCCAGAAAGCAGAUCUUCGGCAUCUCGCGCUCAAGGUCAGGGCAACGCCGCGUUACGAGGCCUGGCAGGAUCUAGCAGUGCUCGGUCUAGCAGCGCCGCUGCAAAGGCGCUAGAAUUACGGCGACUUGUGCAGAAGAAGGCACGUCUCAAGUAUGCUGUGGAUCGGCUAGAGCUACAGAGCACCCAGCGGGAGCGCCAGUUGAGGAAGAGCAUGGCUGCGCAGUGA